AUGAAUCCCAGCGACACUCCCGCCGCAGAAACGCCCCCAAGCAUCUUCAAUUAUGUGCUCAGCUUCCUCCUAGUCGGCGUCGCCUGGGGCUUUACAACGCCCUUCAUCCGGCGCGCAGCGGUCGACUUUAACGCUCGCAACGAGCAGAAAGCGCAGAAAGAACAGGAUGCCGCCUCCAGCUCUAGCCUGAGCUCAUGGGUAAUGCAGAAGCUUCUCUCCCUGUCGAGGGCGGCAGCAAAGCUCCUGCGGACUCCUGGCUAUACCGUGCCAUUGCUGCUGAAUCUCACGGGGAGUGUGUGGUUUUUUCUGCUGGUUGGGAAACACGAACUUAGCCUCAGCGUCCCCAUCACAAAUUCGAUGGCAUUUCUCUUUACCGUGCUGGGGGAGUGGUGUGCUGAGGAGAAGGUGAUAUCAAAAUCAACGUGGCUGGGCAUGUUUAUGGUGCUGGGUGGGAUUGCGCUAUGUGUCCAUUCCAAGACGCAGUGA